CACACGAGGAGUCAUAUUUAAAACCAGGGCGGUGUGCGUUAGGUUAGACUUGACGGGAGUACGGUGGGAUGCUGUGAUGAAAUGCAGGGAAACGUUUGAAGCCGUACCUGACGAGAGGAGUGUGGGCUGAGGAGGGAAUGAUGAUGGGGCAGAGGCUGGUCCUGGUUUGUCUUCUCUACAGCUGCAUUAGACUCGGGACGGCCAGGUGUCGGAGCCGAGACCUGUUCCCAGCUGCGAGCAGUCGACUUAAGAGAAGUUUGGCAUUUGUGGACAAUCCAGUCUUCCACCACUCCUUCAAGGAUGCACAUCUCCUGUUUGAGAUCCUGAUGACUGGCAUACAUUUCGAACCCAGUGGGGAGUUUUCGGUAGACGAUGGUGAGCUGGCUUCUCUCCGACAAACGAAGGAACUAGAGGUCAUUUGUGAGAACAUUGUUCCCAAAGAUCUAUCAGAAAUACUGCGUCUGAUAUCACAGAUCUCCCAGACAGCGGGACAUCUCCAUCAGGACGACUUUGAACGCACCCUGUUGACUUUGAUAUACACCACCCAGAGGAUGGCCAACUCCACCAGCACGCACCAAAGAGAAGCAUGGGCCCAGUCUUUUGUUCAUUUAUACAAAGCUCUCAAGCAGGACUUGAUGACAUGACUGAAACUAUUAUUAAACUGCACAGAACAAUUUAUGAUAAACAUGUGUAUUGGACAUAAUAAGUCCAUCUGGUCACAGGCUGCUGUGGCUGCAUUUUAAAAAUAAAACAAUAGAAAACAAGAGCCAGAGGUACAGUUCAUACAUUAUACAUUUGAGAGGUGAGUUGACAGUGCACUUACUCAUAGAUCUGACAUUAAAAAUCUUUGUGCUUUUGUGCUCUAGAAUAUCAA